AUGUUUGGGAAAAUAUGAAAUGCAACUUCCUUCUCUAUUGGGAGAUUCAAUCGAUAUGAGAAGGCAGUAACCUUCAAAAUUAGAAACAAGAAUAGGUGUAUUAACUUCUUUGGAGGGUGAUUCACCAUUACAGUCAUUACUCUCUUGCUAGUGUAUGGAGUGCUCCUCUUCAUCCAGUGUUUGAAGAGAACAGAUCUCAGAAUCGGCCAAACAAUAGAGAGGAGUUUCAAUGAAAAUUCAACCACUUCUACAAAAUUUACAGACUUUGACAGUAUUAUGUUUAAACUUUCUCUUUAUGAAGUUCAAUAUGAUACCUCGCUUUCUUCAAAGAAUAUAAAGCGGUCAAUUUCUGUUGAAGUUCUAGAGUCUAAUGGGAAGAAACUCACCGAUAUUUUUCCUCAAGUUAUUUCAAAAGAAUGAAAUACAAUUUUUGAAAAAAGCGAAGCAAAUGCUGUUAAAAGUUGGUGAUUCAACCUGAAGGGGAUAGAUCUUAAUAAAAUUCAUCAAGGAACUUCAGAAAACAGCGGAAUUAUAUUCCGGAUCUAUUAUUGAUUGAACUCAUCAGACAAUGUUUGCACUGAUCCUGCACAAAGGAGACUCAUUCCGCUCCAUUUCAAAGCUGACCUAAGAGUCCAGAGCAAAUACAUUGAUCUAAGCGAUAUAAAAGAGCCUAUAAAACUAUACACAGAUAAGAUAGAUCAAUGGAAGUUCCACCCUGAUAUAAGAUAUCAGUCGACUUACUACAUUGAAAGGCAAGAGUUGUAUUUGGAAGACUCUAUCUUUCCAGCUCUUAUAGAGCCAGAGCCAAUAAAAUUCAACAGAAUCUGAGAUCAACAACGGUCGCAAGCUGAAUACUUCCACUAUGAAAAUACAGAUAAUAACAAGGUGCUAUACUCUACAAUAAUCAAGCUUAGCCCAGAUACCAUAGGAAAGCAUUCACUCUAGUCGAGCUAAUCGGCAUUGUUGGCGGAAUCUUUGAAAUCUUCGAAGUCACAUUUGCUCUUCUCUUUGGAAUACUCUACAGCUACUACUUUCGGAUAUCUCUUGACUCAGAAUUCAAAAAGCAUAUGCACCAAUUCGGCGAAAUCCAGCAAGAACUUCAGAAACUUAAAGUUGUUUGUCAGCAGAAUUCUCAGCAAUUAGGAAAGAGUGCCACCUUUCAUCACCCUCUGAAACAAGAAUUUGAUCCUAUAUUUGAAGAAUCUAAAAAUGAAGCUUUAACAGUUGAAGAAAAUCAUCAAAGAUCAAAAAUUCGGAAUGACCUCUAUCGCAAAUGUUUCCUUAAUCAAAGUGAAUCAGCUGCUCUUCCUAAACAAGAUCGCUCUCAAAUCCAACUGGAAGAAUUCUUGGAAGGAGGCCAACCCCACAAUGACUCUGAGCUUGCCAAGAACUUAUAGUAAAAGUGUCAUCUACUAGUUCUGAUGCAAUCAAUAGCUUCUACAAAGAACGAGACUGUCUGAGUGUCCUGUUCAGAAUCAAAAUUCUAGAAGUCAAGGUGGCCUACCUGGUGAAUCAAGAUCUGGAAUAUGCUGAAUCUGUUGCCAAUAGUAAGGUGAGCAAUCAGCUCAAGAGAAAGCAAGAGGAGCAGAAAUAUUCUAAUCCUAGAUAUCGAGAGAAAGUUGGCAAGGUUGAUAAUUCCUUCCACCAACUGCUAGAAGAUAUUCCUCCAAUAGAAAGCCUGGCAUCCAUUCCUGGUAGCCAGUUCAGAAGAAAGCUAGAGAGGAAUAAGACGAAUCAGGCUAAUCCUCACCUGGUUGAAAGAACUAAUAACUUUGAUGACUUUACACCGAAAAGAUUCAGAACGCAAAGCGAAAGGAAGAAUAAAUCUCCAAAUGCAUACAGGACCGAACAAUAUCGAAUGGAGGACGACUCAUACUUGUAA